UCGCGCUCCCAGGAGACGAUAGAUGCGCGAGCUGCACUUUUCUACUGUGUUGGAGCACUUCGCACUUCUCGAGCUCAGUCCGAGCGUCAAGUGAACGCCGUGCGGAAAACGCAGUGGGACUUGAACCGAGGACAAGUUAUCAAAGGAGCCUGUAGUAUUGAUUGCAGCAGCCUGCACCUGGAUAAGCCCCAUCAUCAGCACGCGGAGAAGCGCACGAGAGAAGAAAGUGUGUUGACUGGAAGCACGCUGCUGUUCUUGAAGGAAGGCAAUAUGAUGGUGAAGCAGCAUAUGCUGUUUACCCUGUACAGCAUCUGUGGGAUCGUCCUUAAAGAUAUUCCUGCCGUUUCAGUGGCGGCCACGAAAAACAAAGUGAGAGGAGCUCAAGGUCAGUUCCCCAUCGUCCAGAACAUGACUGUGACAGAAGGAGGGAUAGCCAACCUGACCUGUCGUGUGGAACACAAUGACAACACCUCCCUCCAGUGGUCAAACCCAGCACAGCAGACGCUCUUCUUUGGGGACAAGAAAGCACUGAGGGAUAACCGGAUUGAGCUGGUCCGCGCCACGUCUCAGGAGUUGACGAUCAGCAUCAGUGAGGUCACACUGGCAGACGAGGGCCUGUACACCUGCUCCCUCUUCACCAUGCCUGUCAAAACAGCCAAGGCCUUCCUCACCGUCCUCGGUGUGCCUAAAAAACCACAGAUUAAGGGACUCACCAAGCCUGCAAUGGAGGGUGAUCACAUCAAUCUGACCUGUAUGACCUCUGGCAGCAAACCUGCGGCUGAUGUCCGAUGGUUCAGGAAUGAGAAGGAGAUCAAAGGUGCCAAAGAGGUGAAUGCCAGUGGCAAGACGUUCACCGUGAAGAGUUCCCUGAGGCUCCAGGUGGAUCGGAAUGAUGAUGGUGUGGCCUACACUUGUCGAGUGGACCAUGUGGCCCUGAUCGCCACCCCACAGCAGACCACUGAGGUGUUGGAGGUCCAUUAUGCUCCACGUGUUGAGAUCAAACACUCUUUACCCAUCCCACAGGAGGGGCAGUACCUUAAACUGGAAUGUGUAUCUAAAGGAAACCCCUCUCCAGACCCAGUGCUUUGGACCAAAGAUGGCAGAGAACUACCAGACAUGGACCGCAUGAUUGUUGAAGGAAGAGAGCUCACCUUCAUGUCAUUGAACAAAACAGACAACGGCACCUACCGCUGCGAAGCCACCAAUCACCUGGGCACCAAUCACGCUGAAUAUGUGCUGUUUGUUUAUGAUGCCCCCACCACACUGUCACCAUCCACAACUCCCCCUGCACCCACCCUCCCAGACACUACAGGUCCCUUAGACUCCAAGAACCUCAAUCCUGCUGUCACCGAUCCUAAUGCCCUGGAGCAACGUGGGCCAGAUCACGCUCUCAUUGGCGGAGUAGUUGCUGUUGUCGUUUUUGUUACAUUGUGCUUAAUUAUUGUAUUGGGACGCUAUUUGGCACGGCAUAAAGGCACGUAUUUGACAAACGAGGCCAAAGGAGCGGACGACGCCCCAGACGCAGACACAGCCAUCAUCAAUGCCGACGGCAACCAUGCACACGCAGAAGAGAAGAAAGAGUAUUUCAUUUAGACUGCAAGUGGCACUCCGCACCCCUCUUGUUCUUCUCUCAUUCCUCCCCUCCUUCCUCUAUGUGGGAAGUCCUUCAGAGAGCAAAGGAAGCUUCUUUUCACACUUUUAUGUUACUUUGUUGUUUUUUUUAAUU